AUGAGCCACAACCACGGAGGCGGGGACACGGGCGGUGCCACCGAGUGCAAAAUUGAGAUGCUCUGGAACUGGCACACGAUAGACGCCUGCUUCCUCUCCGAGUCGUGGCGGAUCGAGAACCAGGGCAUGAUGGCGGCCACGUGCAUCGGCGUCAUGCUGCUGGCCGUCCUCAUUGAGUUCUCGCGUCGUCUCGGCAAGGAGUACGAUGCCUACCUCACACGGCAGUUCCAGCGUCAAGCAUGCGCCCACGGCUCCAGCCUCGCUGCCAAGGGUUGCGGUGGCUCCACGGAGCCGUACACACCGACCAUCACGUACCGCGCGACGGUGCUGCAGCAGUUCAUCCGCGCUCUGCUGCAUGCCGUCACCUAUGGCGGGGCGUACAUUGUCAUGCUGCUGGUCAUGUACUUCAACGGCUACAUUAUCAUCUCGGUGUUUGUGGGUGCCGGCCUGGGCAAGUUCCUCUGCGACUGGAUGGUGGUGAAGAUUGACGUGCAGAACCUGGAGGUGGACCGGGCCCCUGCUGGCAUCGACGAGGCCACGGUGUGCUGUGGGUGA